AAGAAGAAUAAAUUUGAGAGCCUUGUCAAGGUAAGCUCCAUGACCAGCCGUAUGAAAUCCCUGAAAUACCUGGACAUGAGCAACAACCUGCUGCGCCACGAUGGGGCCGAGGUGCAGUGCCCGUGGGCUGAGUCUCUGGCUGAGCUGGACCUGUCCUCCAACCAGCUGGCGGAUGCCGUGUUUGGGUGCUUGCCAGCCAACGUCAGGAAACUCAGCCUAGAGAACAACCAGAUCAGCAAUGUCCCCAGGGGGAUGGCGGAGCUGCAAAGCUUGGAAGAGCUGAACCUGGCAUCGAACAGGCUGGCUGACCUGCCGGGGUGCAGUGGCUUUCCAUCGCUGCAGUUCCUGAACGUGGAGAUGAAUUCCAUGCUGACCCCUUCUGCUGAGUUCUUCCAGAGCUGCCCGAGGGUCAGGGAGCUGCAGGCCGGGCACAACCCGUUCAAGUGUUCCUGUGAGCUGCAGGCCUUUAUCCGCCUGGAGCGGCGCUCGGGGGGCAAGCUGUUCGGCUGGCCGGCGGCGUACGAGUGCGAGUACCCGGAGAGCCUGCGAGGAACGCAGCUCCAGGACUUCCACCUGAGCCUGCUGGCCUGCAACACGGCGCUGCUGCUGGUGACAGCCCUGCUGCUGACGCUGCUGCUGGUGGCCGCGGUGGCCUUUCUGUGCAUCUACCUGGACGUGCCGUGGUACGCGCGCAUGACCUGGCAGUGGACGCAGACGAAGCGCAGAGCUCGGCACAGCCCCCCCGGGGAUCAGGGCAGCGCUCUGCAGUUCCACGCGUUCAUUUCCUACAGCGAGCGCGAUUCGCCGUGGGUGAAGAACGAGCUGAUCCCCAACCUGGAGAAGGGGGAGGGCUGCGUGCAGCUGUGCCAGCACGAGAGGAACUUCAUCCCCGGCAAGAGCAUUGUGGAGAACAUCAUUAACUGCAUUGAGAAGAGCUACAAGUCGAUCUUUGUGCUGUCUCCCAACUUCGUGCAGAGCGAGUGGUGUCACUAUGAGCUGUACUUUGCCCAUCACAAGUUGUUCAGUGAGAAUUCCAACAGCUUGAUCCUCAUUUUGCUGGAGCCCAUCCCUCCGUACCUUAUCCCUGCCAGGUACCACAAGCUGAAAGCUCUCAUGGCCAAGCGCACGUACCUGGAGUGGCCGAAGGAGAGGAGCAAGCGUGCCCUGUUCUGGGCUAACCUCAGGGCAGCCAUU